ACCACGCCAGGGGGCACGCGCUACGUCCCAACGAAAUUACAUCGCUCGCGAGUAUCUCACGUUUUCGGCAUACCGCCCCCUCUGAUUAUUUCUAUCCUUAAACAGACCCACGUGUUUCGAAAUCCCUGCGGCGAGGAGUAAUGUGACGCGAUUAGUUGGAUCGGCCCGAAAAACACAACUUCAGUCGGGUUUAUGGAUGUUAAAUGUACUUUUUUAUGUCGUGAUUGAAGAAUCGUGUUUUGAUUGAUCAAUUAAUUAUGUGACACCCAUAGCGGAAUUUGUUUGUGAAACGUUUGUGAGGAGUUUCUGGAUUUCGGAUAUAAUCGCAAUUUUCAUUCGCCAACCCUCAAGUGAAAAGCUAUUGAGAUUCUGAACUAGGCGGAAUUUUACAUCAACUUCAAUUGAGUGAGAAAAUAAAAAACCCUUCGGUCACGAAAAACACAAAAUGAAAUUUUCUCUGCAGUUUCUGCUGAACGGGUUCUCUUGAAUUUUUUCGCAAUUUCUUCCGCUUCGCCCGCGGGAACGGUUCUAAGCACGGUUAUUUACUGUUAUGUCUGUAAUCUGAGGAAGUGGCAUGUGCUAAUACCUGGAAGAAAGUGCUGUAAUAUAACAUGAGUUUAUUCUCUUGAACACGUUUUACAUGCUACGUUAAAGUUUCUGUUGGGUUGAUAUAAUCAUUCCAUAAUAAUAAUUUGUUAGGCUCUUCAAUUUAUAUUUUUAGAAUAAUUUAUACUUUAUAAAGUUGAAAUGAAAUUUUCAGUUCACAAUAAUAAUUGCCAUCAAAUUAUCGAGAUUUCAUGACCAGACUAACCAUCACAUUGCUGUAAGUGUCGAAUUAAAGUCAAGUGACAAGCCGGUAAAAAUUACAUUUUUUUGAAAAUUUGUCUUGCUGAAAGAACAAAAUUUCAGACGCAAGGCUCUGUGAUGUACGCGGUUGCAAAACUCAGCGUUUCCAUAGUGAAUUUUACAAAACACCAUAACGGAUCUAUUCAGAACGUGCUUUUUAAAUCGGCUUCAAGUGUGUAAAAUUUAGUAUAAUUCGAUUUGGUCGCCUGGAAGUUCAACUGUGAUGAUCAUCAGCAAGGAUAUAGUCAAAAUGCACCUCAGCUGCGCUGUUUGGAUUGCCUACAUCUUCUUAUUACAAGGAGUUGUGCACUGUUUGCGACUGGUAGAGAUGCGAGUGGACCAUCACACCGUCAAGGGCAACUCAACACUGCUGGAGUGUAAAUUUGAUCUAGAGGGCAGCCGGCUCUACACCGUCAAAUGGUACAAAGAUGGCCAUGAAUUCUAUAGAUUCUUGCCUAAAGAUAAACCGCAGGUCUUAACGUUUCCCGUUCCUGGCGUCCAUGUCGAUACCGGAAAUUCAAGUGCCAGCCAAGUGCUGCUGACGGAUCUGGAUUUGAGCUCGACCGGCCGCUACAGAUGCGAAGUUUCCGGCGAGGCGCCCGCCUUUGAGACCGUCACCGACCACGGCGAUAUGAUAACAGUCGCACUUCCAACGGAGGGACCGAAGAUAUUUGGCGGACGACCGAGAUAUCAGAUCGGCGACACGGUUCGGCUGAAUUGCACCUCGGAGAGGUCCAAACCCGCCGCUCAGCUCCACUGGUUCAUUAACGGAGCCCCGGUGGACAACGCAUACCUGCGGGGUCCCUACACGCGGUUCAUUGGCUCGGAGGAGCUGGAGGAGACGACGCUGGGUCUGCAGUUCAAGGUGGAGCCGCACCACUUCAAGCGGGACGACAUGAAGCUCAAGUGUCUGGCCACCAUCGCCACCGUCUACUGGAAGUCCAACGAGAAGAGCGUCGAGGGCGAGAAGCAGUCGAGGCCGCCCACCCUCGAGAGCAAGAAGACCGGCGCCCACACCAUCGAUCACGGCAAGUCAAGAGCCGACAGAGUUCAAGCCAAUCGGGGUUGCUGCGGCAGGACGCCCUUAUGUUUGAUUCAACUGGCUUGUCUUGCAGUCUUACUCCCGGCUCAGUUCACAUUUCUCCCGUUCUUCUCCAUCAGAUAGCGCCUCCACUAGCUCCUUCGGUUCAUCGUUACCCUUUUUUAUAAGUUUGUUUGUAAAUAUUUUUGCCUUCCUCCUGCAAGCCUCCAGCUUUCAAACGUUUAUCGGCUGCUGUUCAAUCACAGGAAAAAGACUGAAUAGUGUGAAUUCCUUAAAGUUUGUAAAUAGUUUUGUAAAUAUGUAAAUUGCUGCCUCCUGUCUCAAUUCCGGGUCCAUAGGAAGCCCAAAAUGUUAUGCAACUGCUGUCAAGUAGCUUUCCUUUGUCCUGCCCUCUGUUGACGACCAGAUGAUGAUAAGGAUUCAACAGAAUGCUGUCGAAAUACGUGCAUCGACUUUCAAGGUGUCGAGCCCCUACGGUGAGGACCGCAAUCGUUUCGGAGACAACGGAGCAACCGCCACAUCGAGUGUUGGAAGAACCUGCUAAGUGUGGUCCAAGCUGAUGCGAUGACAAAGCAAAAAGUUCCGACUGAUGGAUCUUUCCGUGCUUUCGGACUCUUUGAACCAUAGUCCUUAGAUUUUUCCUAUCCUGUGCGGAUAUCAAGUCUAAAAAAGAAUGUAAUAGCAUAACUUGUCUAUGUCUGAAACGGUUGAAAUAAAAUUUUGGAAAAAUUGUUA